AUGGAAAAUGUGGAAAUGAAUGAUUUAAUGGAAUCUGCAAUGCCAGAUCAAACACAAUCACCAGAAUCAAUGAUGGACUAUGAUGAUAUAACAUCUGUAGAUGGUAGUAUAACUUCACGUACAAAUUAUGAUUGUAGUUCUCAUCGAAACAGAGCAUUGGUGAUAAAUCGUUCGAUAAGGUCAGAUAAUGGUGAAAAAAGGUGGACAAAAGAAUAUAUAACUGAUCCUUCAGUAAUUAAUGCGUAUAUUCGUCAAAGACAAGUUAUUGAAGAACAAACAUUAAAUACUGAAACGUUGGAGCCAACCAAUGAUGAAGAAAGAAACGAACGAUUAAAAAAGAGAAUUCAAGAUCAGUUGGCUAGAUUAAAACGAAAUCAAGAGAGACGCCAGCAACGUCUGGCUGUUCGUGAAGCUAAAAAAGCUGCCAAAUUAUCUGCUGCUGGUAACGUUACUUCUGCAUCAUCUAUCGUUAAAGAAAAGAAGACUGAAACAACAAGACGAUGUGGAAAUUGUGGAGCUUUAGGUCAUAUGAAAACAAACAAGAAAUGUCCAUUAUAUAAUAGUAAUAAUAUUCCGUCGGAAUCUUCUACAACCACUGUACCAACUACCAAUAGAAUUAUUAUAAAAAUUAAUAAAAAUACUACAUGA